AUGACCGAAACUUGGAAGAAGAAUAUACUGCAGCAGCUUGCAAUCGCAUAUGAAAUACGUCAACGGCAGGCGGACCCCUCCCUAGAGCUCGAAGAGUUUCCAAAGCCUGCACCCCCUCAAGUCGACUUGUUACAGAUCUACACAGACGUACUAGACGAAAAAGAUAGUCCAGGAGCAGCAGCAAAGCGGAUCAAUGACUGGGUACUUUCAGUGCCAGAAAGUGAUACCUACUACGACAUAUCCGUCGCCUAUUACGAAGUUCUCCGCGUUCUGUUCGAUGGCGCAAGAGGGCUUUCGUCCAGAAAAUACCUUGGUAUCCUCGCAUAUCUUGCAGUCGAACUCGCAAACCUACCCGACGUCUACAACAACAGAGAUGAACCAAUCGUUAUUGAAGGAGGAGUCGUUAUUCAACCCGGGCAAAAGAUUCAGCUGCCUUGCGAGACAGGAGGGGUACUAUGGUCUACACUACCGAAUUUUGCUUUGUAUAUCAGAGACGAUCUCCAGGGCGGGCCCCUCAGAUUGCGCAAAGCCACUGCAAUUGGCCACGGUAACCAGCAACUAGCUUCCGAGCCCGAAGACCGAUAUACCAACGUCAACACAUUUGCUGCUAUGAUAGCACAGCAAAACCCUCCUCAGGGGUCUCCACUGUGCAGUUGUGUCGACUUUGCUUUUGCAACGUUGGCUUUCUUGGAACACGGCUCUGAUACGAAUUACGGGCGAGAAGCACACCUUGCAGUUAGAGCAGCGGCUUCUUGGCUGACCAUUGCUGGCGCACAAGUAGUGGCUGCAGGCUCGCCUUCAACCAAAUAUGACUAUACUUCUGGAAGUUUGUGGAAGGCCGAGGGCGGUACAAAUACAGUGGAUGUCAAGAGACUGCAAUUCUGGAAGGACAGGUUUCAACAGGUGCGAGAUUCUGGCAGACUGGCGAGCCGAGAAGCCGUAGAUGCCGUAGAAGAAGCUACGGGAGCCCUGGAUAAGUUGAUUGCGACUCAAGGUGGAAAUAGCUAAGCGAAUGAAACAUUGAGAAAUGACUGGAACUGCUGCUAUGGACUACUACAUAGCAUAUGUCGCUUGUAGAU